AACUGGCUUCAAUUUUGAGCAUGUAAAACUGGAUUAACUUUACACAGCAACACAAAUUGUUGUUGCCAAGUCAUUUCCAAGCUGCAGUUUGGAACAUCACAGCCUAUUUCCAAAGCAAGCUGCUGAUGCACAGCUCUGGAACAUCCCAGCUGACCAGGGAUUAGGGAUGGGCAUUAGAACUCACAUUCAGCCUCAUGUGCUCUGUGAGCAUCCAGCACUCUAACGUCGGGGUCCAAACCUGCAUCAGCACAAACAUGAAUAUCUCUGGGAUUCACCGUGGCAUGCUCAGGAUGUAUGGUGGAUUCAUUUUCAAACAAUGGAAAAAACAGUUUCUGCACUUGACAGCUGAGGGCAAACUACUUUUGUGCCAUGAUGCAUUAUCUCUCCCUCACCAAAUGAUUCAGUUGCAAAGCAAUUGUGAGGCAAUUGUGCAGGGCAAGGAGAUCCUGGAUUUGCCUAAAUUACCCUCAGGGGCAUCCAGGGACUGCUGCUUUGCCCUGAUCCUUCCACAGAAUAAGUACCUGUUGCUGCUGGCUGAAACCCCUUCAGACUGCUGUCAGUGGCUGAAUGUUCUGAAAAAAGUUAAACAGACAUCAUCACCUCUCAGUAUGUGUAAGAGGCAUCAGCUCCGGCCGCCGACCAUUGCACUUCACGAUCUGGUGUCAGAGCAAAUCCUGGAAAAAGAUCCACCAACCCCGCCUGUCAGUGACACAGAGUUCUCCUCUCCAUGUCUUACAUCUAAUGCUUCUCCUCGGGACAAAGGCAGGAAUUUUCCCAGUGCAAAGAAUUGCCAAGGACGCACACAGUCCGUGGGGUGUCUGCGUCACGGCACCAGCAGUAAUGCCCAGGCGAUGAGGGCAAUUUACCUACUAAUGGGAGGAGCAGCUGCCUCCUCUGCCAUGGGUUACCUCGGUGCGUGUUCAUCCACUCAUUUGGAGGUCAAAGCUGACAUGCCUCUCAGUGCAGAUUUCUCUGGUUCGGGGGCAGCAGGAGCAUACCACUUCGGAGGCCCCGCGCUGGAGUCUCCUCACUUCAACAGCUUUGACUUUGAAGUGGCAGACUCUGAUUUUGAUGCUUUUGAUUGUGGUGGAUUUACUUUUUAAUUACUCUUCUUGCUAAAACGGUCUGCACGUGGGUUCCCUUGAACAGCACACAUCUAAAGCUUCAUACAACUUGAAUGUUUUCCUGAGAUUUCACUGAAUCAAAGCAUAUUGCAGCUUUCAUAUCAACAUGCUCUCUGCUUAAUAGCAAACUGUAAACCCAAAGUUGCAGUUGGGCUUAAGAAGUACAGUGGCAGAAAAUACUAACAGGAAUCUGAAAAUAUCAUGUGGGAUCUGCUUUUCACUCUGGAUUUCAUAAUGUUAGAUAGUGCAGAUUUCGGAUUGCUUGGACAUGCACUGCAUAUCAUUACUGCAUCAUUUUAUUGAUUAUUAUUUCAAUUUAAAUUUCAAUCUUUUUGAUAAUAGUGCAGAUUGAUUAAUUAAACUUUUGCAAUACCUUAGCAGAGAAAAAAAACAUUUAAGUUUGUAACUUAAUUUGGAAUGAGCUUACAUGAGGCUGGCUUCUUUUGAACUUAAACAGUGAAAAUGCAUGUCAUGCGGAGUACUGUAAUUAUUGGCACAUUGCAUACUUUUAAGAAGUGUUAUACAUAUUGUGCAAAUCUGAUUGAAUUUAAAGAGAUCUGCAGGAAAUGUCCACGGUGAUCUCCCUGUGUAAUAAACCCCAAAGCUUAUUUAAAUUUUUUAGUUCUGUUUCUGUCAUGUAAAUCCAAGUUUUAUACGAACCAAAAUUUUGUUUUAAGCCUCUUUAGUGUAGAUACAAACCAGGAGGAGGACAUUUUCUAGCUGUGUUUGAUCUGGAAGCAGACGCUUACAUUGAUAAACACAAACAUAUUAAAAGAAUUGGGAUGUAAAUACUGGAAAACAUGCAGAGAUGCUGUAGAAAGUGGAUUGGGGUAAAUUCUGCAGCACUUUCUUCUGACAAAAGCAUGUCACUGCAAGAAAACAAGGUUUAUUGUUCAAAUCUAUGAACUUAUGAACAUCGUCUUUUGUAAUUAUUUGUGUAAAUGUAAUGAAUCAUUUUCUAGUUAAAUUCAACCUUUUGUCAUUUUGUAAAAGAGAUGUUUUGAUGUAGGUGUGUUGUUUGUGUAAUUGAUGUGAUGCAUUUAUGUUUUUUGUGAACUCGUCCUGUAUGAUCAUAAUUUUAUAGAAGAAAAAAAACAAAACAAAAACAAGGAAUGACAUAUUAUAGCUUCUUUAAAGCUGUUUAUGUUUAAUGGUUACUUGUUUGCUUACUAUGCUGAAGAAUGAACUGAGUCAUUGCAAUGUAUUAACAUUAAAUAAAUUAUUUGCUUUUGAUGUAAAAAUUCAGUCAUUCAAUUUUAAAUAAAAAAAAA